UGGUUCGGUGUUUUAGAGCUUCAGCGGAGAGAAGCCGUUAGAUGUUAGUUGUUAGUUGUUACUAAAUCAUCGGUUCAUUUAGUUGAAAACCGAUGAUUUAGUUGGUUAAUCAGAGAUGGACCGACACCGGAAACAGCUGCAGGUGGUUUUAGAACCGGAAGCGAAGCCGCGAGGAGAAGUUUUACCUUCAGAUGUACGAAAAGUGAUUGUUGGUGAAGAAGAGCGACAGGAGUGGAGCUCCAGUCUGGACCAGGAGGACCCAGAGCCCCCACACAUUAAAGAGGAACAGGAGGAACUCUGGACUAGUCAGGAGGGAGAGCAGCUUCAAGGGCUGGAGGAGGCUGAUAUCACUAAGUUCACAUUCACUCCUGUCCCUGUGAAGAGUGAAGAUGAUGAAGAGAAACCUCAGUCCUCACAGCUUCAUCAAAGACAAACUGAACAGAUGGAAACAGAAGCUGAUGGAGAGGACUGUGGAGGACCAGAACCAGCCAGGAACUCAGAUCAAGAAAAAAAUACAGAACCAGAUACUGACUACAAGUCUUCAGACUCCUCUGAGACUGAAGUCAGUGAUGGUGGUUGGGAGGAGACCAGAGAACCUCAGUCAGGUUUAAACUCUCAGAAGAAUGAUGACGUCAUUGUUGGUGAUAUUAACUGUAAUUCUGUUGAAAGAUCAUUUAGCUGCUCUGAAUGUGGUCAAAGAUUCGGCCGCAAGCCACAUCUGAGUGCACACAUGAGAAUUCACACGGGAGAGAAACCAUUCAGUUGCUCUUUUUGUGGUAAAAGAUUUUCUCAAAAGGGAAACUCAAUUAGUCACAUGAGACUUCACACAGGAGAGAAACCUUUCAUCUGCUCCAUCUGUAAAAAAAGUUUUAGAUAUAGUGGAGAUGUUAGCAGACACAUGAGGAUCCACACAGGAAAGAAAACGUUCAACUGCAACGUUAGCGACAUGGUCAACAGUAACAUUCACACAGGAUCAGAACCAGCAGGGAACUUAGAUCCCAAAAGUAAUUUACAACCAGACACUACUGAUAAACCUUCAGAUAACGAGACUGAAGUCAGCGAUGAUGGUUGGAAGGAGACCAGAGAACCUCAGUCAGGUUCAAACUCUGAUGAUGUCUCUGUAAGCGAUGAGAGAUGCAUCACUGACAACGAGUCAUUUAGCUGCUCUGAGUGUGGGAGAACAUUUUGUCGCAGGGACCAUCUGAUGAGCCACAUGAGAACUCACACAGGAGAGAAACCAUUCAGCUGCUCUGUUUGUCAGAAAUGUUUCAGCUGCAGUGGAAACAUUUUGGCACACAUGAGAAUUCACACAGGAGAGAAACCGUUUGAAUGCUCAUCUUGUGACAAAAGUUUCAGCCAGAAAGGAACUUUGCAGCUACACAUGAGAAUUCACACAGGAGAGAAACCAUUCAGUUGCCCAUUUUGCGACAAAAGAUUUGCACAUAAAAGACGUAUGACGCUGCACAUGUCAGUCCACACAGAGGAGAAACGUUUCAGCUGCAGCGCUUGUGACAAAAGAUUCACUUGGUAUACGCAGCUCAAAACCCACAAGUGUGUCGGUGAGUCCUCACAGCUUCGUCAAAGGCAAACUGAGAAAAAGGCUCCUACCAAGGAAUCAUUCAGCUGCACUGAGUGUGGUAAAACAUUUAGCCUUAAGGGCAAUCUGAAGACACACUUGAGAAUUCACACAGGAGAGAAACCAUUCAGUUGCUCCGUUUGUGGCAAAUGUUUUAAACAAAACAUACAUCUGACGGAGCACAUGACGAUUCACACGGGUGAAAAACUGUAUAAAUGUAGUGUUUGUGGCAAAGGAUUCAAUAAGAAGUCACUAGUAAAAAAACACCCGUGUGUUUAAUCCUCAUGUCAGAUAUUGAUCACAUCCUGAAUUCAUGGAUUUAUAUUUACAAAUAUAACAAGUGAAUUGUACGACAGUGUAUAAGGGCCACUGCAGGUAAAAAAAGAUAAAUUAUGGAGGCGGGGAAAGGGGGUAAUAUUCCAAGAAUUAAAGUGGUAAAUUUACGAGAAAUAAAAUCAUAUUUACAAGAAGAAAAAUCAAAAGUUUUUUGAGAUUAUAAAGUAAUAAAUUUGUGUGAAAACAAUCGUAAAUUUUCUGAGAUUAAAGUAAAGAAAAUGUGAGAAAAACCCUGGAAAAAUUGUGUUGUUUUUUUUGUCAAGGCCCCACAUCGCUCAAGUUUGCAAGUUUAAAGCAACCUCGUCAUUGCCGUGUAUUAUGAAUUAAAUCUCAGAAAUUCUGAGUUUUUUCUGUGGGUAUUACCCCCCCAACUCUGUUAUUAAAAAAAAAAAAAAGUUUUAC